UGGGCAACCACUGAAGAACAAAGGAAGAAGAAAAAGAGGACGAUGAUUCGUCGUGAAGGUUUUCAUUCAUCAAGUACACUUACGUGGGUUUACAUCUAUUCUUUCUUUUGUGACUCCUGUUUAUCGUCAAUUUUAGUAUAGGCGCUUGACGGCGCUUCUGAAUAUACCAUCGAGAACUGAAAGAAAAGUAAUAUUGCUGGGGAAAGACUGAAAAUUCUUAAAGGAUGCGGAGACAAAGGGAGGAUAUGCAAGUUAACAUGGCCGGACUACGCCGACACAUAAUUAACAUUGCACACAAUUACUCAUCUGCCCAAGUGUUGGUCCGUGAAGCUACAAGCAAUGAUCCAUGGGGCCCAAGCAGCCGACAGAUGGCUGAAAUUGCUGACCUUACCUACAAUGUUGUAGCAUUCACUGAGAUCAUGCAGAUGCUAUGGAAACGUUUGAACAGUGAUGGCCGCUAUUGGCGACAUGUCUACAAGUCCCUGUUAGUUCUUGAGUAUUGCAUUAAAACUGGAUCCGAGAAGGUUGCUCAGCAAUGCAAAGAAAAUAUUUUUUUUAUUCAUACUUUGCAAGAUUUCCAGUACACUGAAGACGUUAAAGACUUGGGUAAAAACGUUCGUGAGAAAGCCAAGAGUCUUAUUGCCCUCUUGAAGGAUGAUGAGCGAUUGCGUAAUGAACGAGCACGUGCUUUGAAGGCUAAAGAGAGGUCUGCUCAAAAUGCAUCAGCCUUUGGUAGCGACGGUGGUGACACGCCUACAAGCCCUCCUUUCCUCUAUGGUGGAACAUGGGGCCCUCCUCCUCCAAGUGAAAUGGAAGCAGCUGCUAGGGCUGUUGGUCCAGAACUUGAAUGUGCUCGCCCACAAACGGUUGGUGAAGAAGAACUCCAACUUCAACUAGCCCUGGCUAUGUCUCGAGAGGAAGCUGAGCAGGAAGAGCAGCGUAGAAGAAGUGAUGACGUGAGACUUCAGUUAGCUUUGUCUCAGAGUGAAGAUGAAUUUAAGAAUAUUCCUGGUCAUUCUGGUCCAGCAGAGAAACAAAGCCAUUUGCUUGAUCUCCUGGAUGUUAGCCUUGGCCCUGUUGCCGGUCCAUCUUCUGCUGGAGCAGUGGCAGGGGCAGCUGCAGCUGUUGAUCCUUGGGGAAUGCCAGCUCAACCACUUCCUCCUCGCCCUCAAGUGGACCCAUGGAAUCUUCCUCAACCUUCCACUGCAUCGGCAUUAUCAUCUGGCCUAGGUGGUAGUGGGGCUGCUGCUGCAACUGCCUCCACUGUUCGAGCCAGUGCCCAUGAUCCUUGGGCACCUUUAGAAUCAACUCCUCCUAAACCAGCUGUUGACCCAUGGAAGGCUGCUUCUCCAGUGGCACCCAAAGUUCAUGAUCCUUGGUCACCUUCCUCGGCAAGCUCUGAUCUUGCCACACCAUCGAAUAAUUUGCACAGUCCAGCCAGUGACCUCGAUGACUUUGACAUCAUCUCUAACAGGGAGCGGCCUGGCCUGAACCAAGCCAGCAACAUAAACACAACCAACAACAACAGCUCUGAUUCUUUAGACUUUUCAGGCCUUGGUGAUGUUUUGAGUGAAAUCAAGCCAAGUGUCAAGAAGAGCCCUCACAGUUUCCUUGGAGAGAAUUCUUCCCUUGUCAAUCUAGACAAUCUGGUUACAAUAAGCCCUAAGCCAGCACCAGCACCAGUACCGCAGGGGACGUUUGGAACCGUGAACCCGUUUUCGUCAGGACCUGCUGUGCCAGCUCCCGUUGGUACCGCAAGUAACCUUUUUCAGCAGCAGGCUGCAGCACAAGCAGCUAGACCAUCCAUUAAUCAAAUUCGACAGCAACCGUUUGGAUCCAGUGGCACGGCUCAGCCUUCAUCAGGAUUUGUUCUGCCCCAGCCACUUCAACCAAACCCCUUCCUUUCUUAAAUUUUUUGCUGUGACUGAAUAGUUAUUCUGGAAACUUUGCACUCUUCUGCACCCAUUUUUAUUGUUCUUACUGAUGUGUGUCUUGAUGAAGCAUAGUAAAUUCAGCACAUUCCAUUGUUGGUUUUGUCAGAUGUUCUAGGAUGUGUCUUGGAGUUUUGAAGUUGUGAAUGAAUUUAAUGAGAGCCUUUGCCUGCCACACUCUCAAAAUCUAAAAAUAAUGUGCUGACAAUUUCUGUGCUCAUGUACAUAUCAGGGCAGAACACUCACUUUGUUUUUGUCAUGAUAAAUCCUUUGAUUUUCAGUAACUUUUCAAAAAUUGACUUUUUGGGACCAGGACUUAAAUCUUUUGUACUUCAGCAUUCCAACUUUCUAUCUGGUUCUCACUGCCUUAAAUUAUUACUCAGAUUUGGUACUUGAGCUUGUAAGGGCUACUUUGGUGAAUAAAACUUCAAGGCAGCUUUUUAUUCUAAAUUGAUAUUUUUCUGUCCGUAUUUCUGUAUUUUUGUUUCAGGAUCAUAUGGAAAGAGUAGACGUGAUUUCUGUUGAGUCUUAUUUAUUAUCAACUUGACAUGCAGCCUAAUGGUUCUUGUCAAGUUUAAUUUAGGUGAAGAAAAAACAACUAUGAAAAGAAAUAUUUUGAAUAGCUGAAGCUCUUCACAUUAUAAAGUAGUGUUUGGAUAUGAUGAUGAGUUUUAUUAUUUGUUAUUGUUUGUGUAAGGAAUCCAUGCAGUAAAUGUCAAUUUUCUAUCUUGCUAUUAUGACAUGGUUUACAGAUUGCAUUUAGUAACUUGUUAAAGGAGAGAAAAAUAUAGCAGUUACAUUGAUGAUAUGUUCAGAUUUGUCCAUUUCUUAUCUUCUGACGUGAAAGUACACUGAAAAUGGGUCUCCUGUUCUUAAUUUUGCAACCACGACCUGGUUCUUGGUAUUAAUGCACUCUGAAUCCAAAUUGUCAAAUUAUUUAAAUUUAAUUUUAAGCAAAACAUAAUAUAAUCCUUCUCUUUGUGAAUGAAAACAGACUUUUAUGAUUCACAUAUUCAUGUGGGCUGUAAUUAUUUGAAGUGAGUUUAGACAAUGGGGGUUUUUCUACUUUUCAACUUCUUUCCAAGUAUCACUAAGCUUGCUCAAGGAGUGACAUCUAUUUCAGAUUUGUCACAUUUCUGGUAGUUGUAGUUUCCAUAGUAUGCUCCUUGGCAAAAUAUGUUGAUAAUCUUAAUUUGUUUUUGUAUCUGUGUAUGGUUAGCAUUUUGCUUAAGUUGCUUGUUGCUCAUAAUUGCUGUAUUAACCAGUUUUGUCUUUAGUUUCUUCUUUCCAAAUCUUUCCAUUUAAUAGAUCAGUAAAUGUGUAGUCCCUAUAAUCUAUCUGGUGUUGAGGAUGGUGUGCUGGGCUAUGCUGUAUUGAAAUGUGCAAUACCUUUUGAAUCUUAUAUUUUAUUACUGAGUGUCCUGGUAUGUUGGUUUCACUCAUUCUUAUCAUGCAAUUCAAUUGCUUUCUUUUUUGUGAAACCAUUUUUUGGAUAGGAGGCUCAUUAACUGACAAACCUUCAUUUGGAGACAACAGAGGAAAGCUCCUAGCUUUACCUCAUUGAUGAAUGUAAAAAUCAAGGCUGUUCUAUUUUAAAAUUAUUUAUCCUAGUUUUGCUCCCAAAAUUUGUCCAUGGUUCUCUUGCAUCAAAGUUUCUACAUUCAUAAUUUUAUCUUCAGCUUUGAAAGUAUUUUGCCUAGCGCUUGUUUGAGAGAUCAAUUGUUCUGUAUCAGAAAUCCAUUUCUUGGAUGACACACGAACAACUUGUGGUAUCGAUUAGUUAGACUCUUGUAUUAUCCUUCACUGUGAUUUUGAAACGUCCUAUCGUGUUUUUUCAAAACACUUCCUUUGCAGAACGACUCAUGGCUAAACUUCGCAGAUUGGUGUCUAGUGUCAUACAUUUGCCAACAUUCAAUGAAAUUAAGAGAAUGUUUGUAUUACAAUCGAUUUUUACUGUUAGAAGUACCAAGUACUGCCCCUUUCAAAAAGAUUUUUAAUGACCGACCUUUCACUGUAGAGAAGACUGACACAAUGUGUGCACACUGUGUUUCAUGUUUCCAUGUUGUGUAUUUGCGCACUCAAAAGAGCACGGUUUUACCCCAGUGCAAUUGAUGACCAUGUGACAUAUUCUUGGCUUUAAUAAUAGUGUUCUAGUGUGAUUUUACUAUGCUUCCAUCCAGCAAACUUAAAGGGUAUAUUUUACAAAACGAACUGUUUUUAUGGUUCCAAGAUUUAUGGAUACCUUUGCGGUAUCUGUAUCUCUGACAAAGGUAAGGUGCUGGUCAAAUUUGAGGAAAGGACAUUUUUGAACCCUCUUCAUUCUCAAACUUGAUCAUUUUACUUUUUCUCUUUCUCAAAUCUGCAGUAGUAAUGGUUUCUUGGUUCUGUAUGAAUUAGAGUAUGUAAAUAAGUUUGUAAUAUAUGAAAUUUAUAUGUUAAAUAAUGUUGGUUGAUGUGGACAACCGUAUUUUUGUACAUUAUGAAAGUCUAUUGGUUAUGAUAUCAUUUUUGGCAUGGAACAAAUUGGAGGAGGGUAUUAACUGUAGCCUAAUUCAUUUUUAAGCAGAGGCAAUUUACAUGUUCAUGAAUUAAGUUUAUUGUAACCUUUAUUUACCCAUAUGAAUAGAUUCAUUCGGUGUAGAUUCUGAAGUAUUAUAAGACUAGAAAAGCAUUUAUUUCUUGUUUCAAACUUAUUUUGUUUUAGACAUCUUACAUGUACUUGAGGAGUGAUACUGAUGUUGGACUGCAGAAAUUAUUUCCAAUUUCUGUUGAAUGUUCGUCCGAGACUGAUUGCAUUCUUUGGCUGUAGUGGUGCGCAAGCAAACUGUCAUUUCGUUGAUGUUUUUGUAAACCAUGCAGUAAUGCUAAUAAAAUGAAAGACGUCAA